AUGGAGCGACUGAAUACUGCGCAAGUCAAAGUGAAGAGACUCCAACGUCUUGAAGCCGCACUUGUCGAUUUCUUCAUGGAGGUAAUGGAUCGGAGCGAUAACAACGGGACUGAUGGCGCUGCUCGGUUCAACGACAGCGAAUCCUCUUUUGCACGGGGCAAACGCAAAGAACAAUUUCUCAAGAAGGCCGAGGGUGACCCUAUCUCGCUGCUGAACGCGUUACGAACCCAUUUGCGCUUGCGGUUUGCAGAGCAGGAAGCUCGACAGACUGCGACUGCGCGUCAAGUUCACGCAGAAGACUUGCUCAACCAGCAGAGGGAGCAGCGCACUCGCGACCAACUUCAACAGCUUGAACUUACGUGUAGACAGUUAAAAGAACAGCGGGACUCCUUGAUAUGUCAGCUGAACCAACGUGAAAUUGAUCAGACACAAACGCGACGCCAACACCAAAACUUACUUGAGAAGAUGAAUGCUCAAGUCCAGGACGGAAGAUCUCGAGAACAGGAGGCAAAGCUGCUUGUAGCUAAACAGCAGCAAGAAAUCGCAACACUCAAGGAAGCUCGAGAAGCACUGAGCCACCAAAAGACUCUUGAAAGAACCCGAACAACGACGGCAGGUCUCCCAGACGUGAACAGUAGCCAUUCAACUACCACUACAGCUCCGUCAGGCACCGUGACGUCGCCAACUCACAUGAAAGGGGAUUUCUUCGGAACGCCAGCCGAGAAUCAAACGCUACGACGUGCGCUUCGCAAAUACGAAGUCAAAAUGGCUCAAACGGAGGCUGCUAACGAAGAGCGCAAGCGCGAAGUCCAGCGGUUGCAGCAACAGCUCACUGGCAUGCGUCAAAGCACGCAAUUGCAAACGUACUCACGCCUCGAAAAAGAGUCGCGCCGUCUGCGCGAACUGUCGGACGACCUCAAGAAGCGACUUGCGGAGAGCGAAGCUGACGCGUUGCGCACGAAAGGAGCCCUUAAAGAACGCGAGAUCCAAGUGCAGAGGAUGAAGGACGAAUACGCAAGGCUGUUUAGCGCCCUUCAGAAGCAGAAACAGCCAGUGCACUACUCUCCAUCCAAGCUCACGCGCAGUGCGAGCUCUGCGCAACUGUCAGCAUCACAACAGAAUCAUUCCCCACAGCCACCACCACGGUCUUCUGGAGCUGGAACCACCGAGGCGACCGAUAAUGGUGUGUCAGCUACGUCUGCACACGGUGAGCACCCAUACGUUGUAGAAUAUUAUCGCGUAGAAGCAACACGCAUGGAACGCGAGUCAGAAGCGCUGAAACUACGGAUUCGACACAUGAUGGCGUCUGAGCAACUGCACAAGCAGAAAACGCGGGUCUUGCGAGCAGAAAAACAAAAUCUCAUGCGGGAGCGCGAUCAGCUACGCGCAGACUUGGACCGAGCAAAAAAGCACAGCACGCUGCAGAGUAUUACGAUGAACCGACAGCGUCCGCAUUCCUCGGCGGAUACUCGGAAAUUAGGUUUCGCCACUGCGUCACAAAAAGUCAAGAAGCUCCAAGACCGCAACGCCUUUUUGGAGGAACGAUUUCGCAAAUCGCUCCAAAGCAACUCGGCAAUAGCCACAAUCGGUGUCGUAGCGCGUUUGCGCAGCUCUGUGUCAGUCCCUUCCGAAUUUAAUGAUCCGGACCCUGCAGAAGACGAGAGCGAUGCUGAAGCUCCGGUCCCGAGCUCGUUCCGGUGCUUGGACGCUGUAACACUGUAUUCACUGCAACAAGUGACACGGGCCACUAGAGUACGCCCUCAAUCUGCCAAUUCAAUCAAGUAG